GUAACACCGCCUGCUUUAACCUCGUAGCGCCACUCCAAUGUGAUUUGUCCUAGUUGUUCUGUCAAGUUAUUUGUCAGUUCGGUCCUCAACAUAUGGAUGAUUCAGGAGAAGAUCCUGACCUUUUAAACGAGGAGACAUUCGACUGUGCAGAGAUAGGUGACUGGGAAAAUGAACAUGAUCAAUUUGUGCAGAAUCUUCAGGAGAAUCUCGAGAUUUCACCGUCCGCAGAUGAACUUCCAAAGUUCUGGAAAGACCCCAGCAGUCUUUCGUUUCUAUGGCAAGCAGAUGAUAUUGGUUGUGGUGUGAUUGUGGAUGAUGGGAGCGAAAGAGUUGUGGAUGUUGAGGAAACGCUUCAAAAGCUGGUUUUGGAUGAAACAUUCGAGGAUCCUGCUAUUUUAGACGUAUCUAGAAAGACUUCUUAUCAACAACUCAACGAAAACUCGUUUCAGCAUCUUAGAGAUACACCUGCAUAUCCAACUGUUCCUACUAACAUAUUUGACGGAACUCGUGACAUUUGGAGUAUAGACGGUAAUUAUGAGGCCAGGAAUGAAAGUAGUAAGACCAGCAUAGCGUCUGAUUGUAAUGUGAAAUCGAAAAACGUAAUCGAUAUACUCCGAUCACUGAAUGUUUACCCUCCGUCAUCUGCCAACAGUGUAUCUACGCCACUUAGAGCUUCCGCACAGGACUAUUUGUCAUGUAAGCUAAAUACAGGAUCGCAAAGCAAGGAAGAUGGUACCGAAUUGUACUCCAAAACUCAAUCUUCAGACCUUCGAAAUAUUAUGCAAGUUAAUCAGCACAAAGUAUAUCCUGGCCCUUUAUCCUCUUCUGAAAAUCGUGUUUGUCAGUCAAAAACGAUUCCGGAUUCUCUCUCUGUUCAUAAUGGGAUGCAUAACAAUCAUUUACGUGUCAACCCUGUUUCACUGGAUAUUUUGAAGGGACAGUUGCCCACUAGUGUCAAUGCUUUCCACACGUUACCGGAAGUGCAGUCUGUGUUUAGAAAUUUACACCCCUCACGAUGGGACUGCUCACAAAUUCAUGGUUCAGCAUUGAUUCGAAAUCAAUACAUUCAACAAAACCAGUCCGUCGUUUCACCUGUUUCCUCAAAUCAACGUUAUCCUUUGAUUUCAUCUCCAGGCAUUCGUGGAGUAGUGUUGCCAAAUGUUCAACCCAGUAAUUUACCACCUUUGUCACACCUCUUACGUUUUCCAGUUCAGCCAACAAAUAUUGAGUCUAAACAGUCUUUCAAUCGAUUGUCGCCUAUUGUACAAUGUUCCAAACAACCAACAGGAUUCGUUUCUUCACUUGACGAAGUACCCAAAAACAAAGAAAGCGACGUAAACUGUGGUAGUUGGAUGUCGGAUUAUGAAGCAAUUGGUGUGUUGUUGAUUCAAUUGCGUCCAUUAAUGGUAUCUAAUCCCUAUGUUCAAGAUUAUUAUUUCGCAUCUCAGUGGUUGCGGCGAAUGAAUGCUAUUCAAGCUAAACAAACUGCUAACAUUCAAGUGAACACUAACACUUCACCAGCAACAGUUCAACUUCCUAUACCUAUACCCCUAGAAAGCUUAAGCGAUUCUAAUUCACUAUAUCACACAACCCUGAAACAUAAACUUGUUAUUCCUUUGAGGGCUGUGAAUCGCAAUUUUUCUUUAGAUCAUACUCCAGAUGAAAACUGUGAUAGCUUAGAACAAACAGUCGAAAGUUUAGAUACUACUAACUCUGAGUCAAGUAAUGCACUGGGUCGACCUACUCGAUCCAAUGUUCAUAGACCCCGUGUAGUAGCAGAGUUAUCUCUACUUACUGCGAUUGCAUCUGCUCCGGAACAAACCUCUCCGGUGAAAACGCCGAAUAAAAGCCUCGUAAACGAGCAAGUGAAUAAUUCUGUGGAUGAUCCUUUUUCUUCUGGUUCCCAGUCAACCUCUGUUAGGUGGUAUCGUGCGCGGCUUUUGCUCUUAUCUCAGAUUGAACGUAUGUUUUCAAUAUUAUUGAUCUUAGAUGAAGUUUCUUUAUCUCUCAAAAAAGUUGUUGUUCAAAACGACGCACGUGCUCGACUAUUAGAUUAUCAACAAGAAUUAAUUAACCAACUAAUUAGUGAACUACUCCGUUCACCAUUAUCGUCAUCAUCUACGACAAAUGAAACAUCCAAAAACAAAAUCUUCGAAUCAAUUGUUGAGAAUGGCCAUUUUUCAUUGCCCGACCAUCUUUUCUCUAUUCGUAAAGGAAUGCGUCUAUGGUGUCUGGCAUUACAUUAUCUGCCAACAAAAAUUCAAACCAAUUAUUUGUCAACAUUUAUGCGUGAUUUCAUUCGACUUCGUCAACUUUGGCCAACUACAAUGAAUGAAGCUGCUGUUAUCUUCUAUCCUUAUUUACGUGAAAUUAUCUAUCAAUUGAAAUCGAUCAAUGAUUUUUUGACACUGUGCUUUCCUGAUGCUUUAAAAAUGAAUAUUCAUUCAAAGUCAACUAUUUCAAUAACUGACAAUUUGAAAUCACUCUUGUCAUGUAAACUUGGUUUAUCUUUGAUAUUUUGCUUGCUUGACGCAUGUGCUCGUGCUUCCAAUCCGACUGAUCCAUCAUAUUUUAUUCAAUUUGGAGCGUAUUUUAUUUAUGCCAAUUCAUUUAUCGAUCGUACUUGCAUCAACAAUGACACGAAUGAAUGCGAUUAUGUUAUGGAAUCUUUCCCACAUUUAGCUUCCAUACUAUUAUUGUAUAUUAAGCCAUCGAAAUAUGAUCUUUUAACUGAAGAUGAUUUGAAUAUAUUUUGUAAUUUAGCAGCUAAAGCCAUGCAAAUAUCAAAUAAUGAUGUUACUAAAAAUACUACUGCUAAUACUAAUAAUAGUAAUAUGAAUGUGAAUCAGCAAUUUCCAUCGAACAUCAAUGAUUCAUCUGCUUCUGUUCAUUUCUCCGUCUCAUCGCUGUCAUCAUCAAAUUCGACACAGUGCUAUACCACAGCGAAUAAUGCAUACUAUCCUACCUUAAAUGUUCAUAAUCGUGCUCCUGAACAGCAUCAUCUUUCUGUGGACAAUCCCCUACAAACAGCUAAUUCACAGAAUUCUGAAAAUGUCUUAUCAAAUACUGCGAAAACUGACGAUGAAUUAUCUGUGUCAGUAGUCGUUGGUUGAUUUCAAAUAAAGAACCAUAGAAAUUAGUAAAGAGAGGAAAUAAGAAAAAGAAUUCAAACCUUUUUUGUUUUCAAGGAAUUUUCGCAGAUUGUGUAUUAGGCCAUUGAAAACAAUUGAGAAUGGAUCAAGUGUUGUAAACGCUUCUAUUUUGAAAUUUUUUAUAAAUUUACUCUUCUGUAAGAAAAUCACAUAGACUGAAAGAAUGGAACCAACUUUAUUGAUUAUAUUUAACUAAAAAUUAUAAUUGUAGAAUCGUUUUCGUCAUGUAACCACCACCUUGUGAACACAAUGUUACCGAUAAUCAUUUGUUUGAUGAUGAUUGUUUAUGCUAUUUACCGUUAGAAUGAAUUGUUUUUUUUGCCUUAUAAAAGUAUUAUAUAUCAAUACAAUAUUCUAUGAGUGCAUUCAUCUGUUCGAAUCAAAUUCAUUAUACAUGUGUUUAUAUCUCUGCUUGUAUCAUUGAAAAUUUGGUUUUAUCAUUCGGUGAAAUUAAAAAACUUUUACUAAAAUCAAUCAUGUAAUAGAUAGAGAUCAUUCUUGGAAUCUUGUUUGCUUUUUUUUGGUAUUUCAAAUUUUUUUUUUGCGUUUAUUCAUACAUACUAAACUAAAUUGAAAUAACAGGUGUGUAUAAUUUAUUUUCUACUAUUCAAUUUAAUGUAUGAAACUUUUAUACUUUCAGCAUUCUUUUUUUUUAAUCUUUCCUACACAUUCUCAACUCUUCUAUUCUAUUCUAUGAGUCUCCUUUUUCUUUUUUUUUUUAACACUUUUUCUGUUUCGCUGAUGUCAUCGGUAAAGUUUGAAUAAUUUUUAUUAAUGUUGGACACUGACAUCCGCACUAUUUAUUUUGUUUUUUUCCCCUAAAUAAUUGUCUAUGAACGUUUUGAAUAAAAACAAAUGAAGAUCA